AUGCGAAGAAGCACAGAAAGCCCCAUGGGAUACAGCCCGGCCCGGGAUGAGGUCACCGCCUCACCUUUGCUCCAGGACAGCGGUCGCUGCACCCAGGUGUUAUGCAAGGGCGCUUUGUUAACCUUCCUGGGAGCGAUCUGGAAUUCUGUCAGUAAAAGCCUAACUCAGAACAGAUUUUCAGUGAAAAUACUGCAGGCUGGUGAUUUGAACUCCCUGCCAAAUUCCUCGCUGGAAGGCAGAAGAAAAUUUCAAGAUCAGCCCAGUAUAGGGAAGCAGUCACAGCCUUUGGCUAAAAGUGACGGUGAAUCACAGAGUGCAUUUCACAAGAGAUGGACCUUGUUACUGGUUCUGUUAAUUGGUGUCCCAUUGUUUUAUGUCCUGUCGAGUCUUCUAGAUGCUACUUUCUCAAGUAGAGAUACUCAAAUUCUUCAAGCGUUUCGGGCCCGGAUGAAGGAACUAAAAAAUACAUAUCAAAGUCAGGACCCCAGUCUGUGGAAAAGAACCCAUGUGUUCCUCGAGAAACAUCUUAAUGCUUCUCAUCUGCGUUUGGAGCCAGCCAUCUUACUGUUCACAGCCGGCCAAGAAGCCGAGAAAGCACUGAGGUGCCUAAGUAACGAGAUCGCCGAUGCUUUUGCCCUCUCCCAGAAUGCUACUACCAUCCAAAUUAACGGGGCAGACAAAGCCGUGUUGGAUAGUGACGUUGUCAAGCUGGAGGUAGAUAAUGAGCUCAGCGCUGGGUUCAGAGAAGGCAAGAAGGUAGCGGUGGUGCAUCGAUUCGAGUCGCUGCCUGCAGGCUCCACCUUAAUCUUUUACAAGUACUGUGACCAUGAAAACGCAGCAUUUAAGGAUGUGGCUCUUCUGUUGACAGUUCUCCUGGAUGAGCAGUCACUGAGAAGGAGCCUCACCUUGCAGGAAGUUGAGGAGAAAGUCCGGGAUUUCCUCUGGGAGAAGUUUACCAGUUCAGAUGUUCCUAGUUCUUACAAUAGCAUGGACACAGAUAAGCUGAGCGGGCUGUGGAGCCGUAUAUCUCAUCUUGUGUUGCCUGUUUGGCCUGAAAAGGGCCUCCCUGUGGAGGGGUGCACAUAA